AGUAGUGUCACAAGCCAAACCAUUUGGGGGGGGAUUAAAUUAGUUAGGAUUUUCUUUUUACCUUGUUUUUUCAACCCCAUCCAGUUUGUGGCGGCAAUCCACUUUUUGGGGUAGUUGUCCGAAGAAGAUUUCUUGAACACGCUCUUUGACGUCAUCGUGGCAAUGCUGUUCAAUCCGGAGAAAUGAACUGGCAUCAUCAGCACAAUCCUCUCAGCGCCUAUGUGGACCCCAAUCAAGUUGUAGAAACAUCAAGGAUGAUCAAUGGAAACAGGAUGCACCUGAGCUCAAUUUCGGGUCUCAUAACAAAGGGUCUGAAUGUAAAUAAGAUGGGAUAAGUCCGUGUGCAGUGCAAUGCAUGUGAUAUUCCUCAACAUCACUGGAUACCGUUGACUGAAGAGGAAAGGACAUCAGAAUGAAGAAUAGCUUAUGUGAUUUUCCUCUCAUGUUGACCACCUCCUCCGCAGCAGCCAACCCUGAGCUGUGAGUCAGAAGAGAAGCUGGACGGAUGACGAGCAUGACUUUGAGCCAAUCCGCAGAUGCAUGCAUGUGCACAGGGCCCAGUGCCAUACCCCCUGCUUCCCGGCUUUGAAGCUGCCUCUGAGAGGGGGUGUGGCGUCGGGACGUAGCUAGACCCUCGCACCCCCAGUGUUGGCCCUGUGACCCUGUGGCUGAGCGUCAGCCUGGCACCCCCUGAUGGAUCAGGCUAGCAGUGAGCAGAGUCCCGAGGAGCCGGAGGUGGGCCGAAGGGCGUCUGAGUCAGAGCACGGCCUGUCCAAAAUCACCCACAAUGCACUGGAAAACAUGGGCGCGCUGGGACACGGCCUGAAGCAGCUCUUCCAACCGCAGCGCCGCCGCUCGUCCGUCUCACCGCACGACGCCGCCACCUCCUUCUCUAUGGGUGGGCCCGCCCCUGAGCCCCCGGACGGUGGGGGUACAGAGGUUGGGGACUCUCCCGCCCCCGGUCCGGACUCUGACCCCCACGCUACUUCCUCCGCUCCCCCUGCAGCUCUGAGCCGCGUUCUGCAGCAGAUCAGAAGCGCGCCCCCGAUGAUAAAGCGAGGGACCAGCCUGCAGAGCCGCCGCAGCAAGACUGGGGGGACUGGGGACCCCCCCCAGAAAGGCAGCCCCCAGAUACACCGGAGGAGUACCCAGGAGGUGAUGCUGCUGCAGGAUGGCCGCCCGCGCUCCUCCUCCACCACGGACACGCUCACCAGCCCCACCCUGGCCGACAUGCUGCUCACAUCCGGGUACCACUCCACUGAGGAGCCUGACCAGCUGGAUCGUCUGGACGGCUCUGGCCCGGCCAUAUCGCCCAACGCUAUUUCCUAUGGAGCCGACAGCUACGGGCUGGACUCGGUGGACAGCACCCCAGACCCCCAGCGCACAAAACAGGCCAUCGCCCAGCUGCAGCAGAAGAUACUCAAGCUCACAGAGCAAAUCAAACUCGAGCAGAGGGCCAGAGACGACAAUGUGGCAGAGUACCUGAAGCUAGCUAACAACGCAGACAAGCAGCAGAGUGCCCGCAUUAAACAGGUGUUUGAGAAGAAGAACCAGAAAUCAGCCCAGACCAUCCAGCAGCUGCAGAGGAAGUUGGAGCGCUAUCAGCGCAAGCUGAAAGAGGUGGAGCACAACGGGAUCCCCCGUCAGCCCAAAGACGUGCUCCGAGACAUGCACCAAGGCCUCAAGGACGUGGGCGCCAAGGUGACCGGUGGCCUCUCCAGCUUCUCCCACGCCACUCACUCUGCAGCUGGGGCCGUGGUGUCCAAACCCCGAGAGAUCGCCUCCCUCAUCCGCAACAAGUUUGGCAGCGCCGACAACAUUUCGUCCCUGAGGGACUCCCUCGACGAACCCCAGGAGGAUGGUCACGGUCUGGGGGGGGCUUCCAGCCCAAAGUACGGCAGUGAGGAUGACUGCUCUAGUGCCAGCUCCGGCUCGGCAGGGGUCAACAGCGUCCCCGGGGGCCCGCCCAGCUCUAAGGGUCUUAACACCCUGGACCCCGGCCAGUCAUUGGGCUUGGACACGCUGCUCCACGAGGUUCAGGAGCUCCGGGACAACCAGGGUCGGCUGGAUGAGUCGUUCAACAGCCUGAAGAGUCACUACCAGAGAGACUACACCAUGAUCAUACAGGCCCUGCAGGAGGAGAGAUACAGGUGUGAGCGUUUGGAGGAGCAGCUCAACGACUUAACAGAGCUCCACCAAAAUGAGAUCCUCAACCUGAAGCAGGAGCUGGCUAGCAUGGAGGAGAAGAUCGCCUAUCAGUCCUACGAGAGAGCUAGAGACAUUCAGGAGGCGUUGGAGGCAUGCCAGACGCGGAUCUCCAAGAUGGAGCUGCAGCAGCAGCAGCAGCAGGUGGUCCAGCUAGAAGGCCUGGAGAACGCCACGGCCCGCACCUUGCUGGGCAAGCUCAUCAACGUGCUGCUAGCCGUCAUGGCCGUGCUCCUGGUGUUCGUCUCCACUGUGGCCAACUGCGUGGUGCCCUUGAUGAAGACGCGUAGCCGCACCUUCUCAACGCUGCUCCUUGUUGUCCUCCUCGCCUUCCUCUGGAGGAACUGGGAGGUCAUCUCCCAGUACUUGGACCGCUUCCUGUUGUCCCCGAGUUGAUCUGCAGGGGGGCCUCAAUGAACGACAACAGAGGUGCGGGGCUCUCAUAACAAUCAGGGAUGGCGACGCAGGGCCUGGCGGGGACUAACUAACCCAUGAAUUGCCUCUGAUGCAACUGUAGUGGUGCCAGGCCAGCCCAGUGGGUGGGGCUUAGUGGAAAGGAGGAGCCAAGAUACCUUUCUCUCUCCAAGGAGUGAAUUUGUUUACAGGUGGAAGAUGUUUAUUGCAUUAGAAUUGAUUCAAGUGUUAUUGAAUUUGUUUCUUGAUAUUGCUAUCAUUAAUGCAGAUGAUUGAGGGCUUUCUCGCGGCUGGAUUUGGAUAAUGAACAGCUGGCAUUUUGCUGAUCCACAUGGCUAGUGUCGUCUUUCGCUAUUCCUUUUUCUUACUCUGUCUCUCUUCUCAAUGACCCCAGUCUGCUUGUCUUUCUGGGAGGAUUGAUAGACUAACUACAGUACACUGUUGUGGACUAAAUCUAUCUGGAUCAAGCAAUUGAUGGGUUCUCGAGCAGUGUGUUUUAUAUGGACAAGCUGAACGCAAUGAUAGGCCUGAUUGGAUAAGGACGCUGAGUUGGAAUAUGCUCAGCCCUGUUGGUCCUGCCCCCUGCAGAGAUGAACAUACUUGAAGAGCUGUAAAAAUGCUCAGACUGUGCUUCCAUACCGUUUCUAUUAGUGACAAUAAAAUAGGACUUAUUUAAAAAAAAUGAAA